AUGGCGUUCUUCAACUCCUUCUUGAGCUCUAAUAUGCCCAAGCGGCUGCUCCGAUACACGCUAUCGAAGCUAGAUUACCUCGAUACCGAUGCCUUGGACAUGGACAACUUAGACCUUGCCAUGGGGAAGAACAACGUCUUCACAUUGCAAAAUGUCGAGAUUAAGCUUCAGGCAUGUCCUAAUGUUCAAUAUCGUAGCAUUUUUAAAUAUUCUAGUCCUAUUGCUCCGAAUCACCAUACCUCUGCUAUAUAUGCGAAUCCUAUCACUGUCGAAAUUGACGGUGUCGAGAUAAAGCUCAGGCUUACUUCCCGAGACGAUAGCCUUAAAAAGGCGCCGAAAGGUGCUGCGCAUAGGAAAAAGGGUUCAGCAUCAUCUGAGGACGGUGAUCCUGUCCCGCAUGCUAUCGACCUUGCACAGUCGUUUUUGGAGACGCAGCCAUCGAAAGAUAAGGCAGAACUUCAAGCUGCGCUCCAAGCCGAAACUCAGGAUCUUGGUGCUUCCAUACUAAGUAGUGAGGAUGGAAGUGAUGAGGACUACUCGCUCGGAACUGGUCAACCUCUUUCCCUUCCCACAUUCCUCGCAGAUUUCCUGCAAGGUAUACUUGAUUGGCUACAGGUCUCUAUUAAAGGUGUCACCUUUCACCUAGACAUCGAAGUUCCACCUGAACCCAAUACGCCCGUUUCCGAAUUAGUUACUUUCCAGCUAGCAGUCGAUGAAGUUAAUGUAGAGGGGGUCACGACAGCAGCAGAUGAGACCACGAAGGAGGGGCAGUCCAAAAUUACCUAUAAGGAAGGAAAGCGAUACGUGGGUUUAAAUAAGAUUCGAGCGAGCUUGAUCUCCGAAGCGAACGUCUUCUCAACUCUGGCACGAUCACCAUCAAUACCCUCCUCUGUCGCAACUGAUUCGCCGGCUGUCACUCAGCAACAGAGUGUGUCUGGGGAGUCUAUUUCGAGGCCGAUGGUUACACCGGAAUUACGCUCUGACGCUGACGACCUUGAACAACGUGGGCAUCGGCAUCCACUGAUGGAUGCUGAAGACGCUUUUAAUAUACCGUAUGACCUGAGUGGAUCAAACGAUGGGCAUGAUGAAGAAUCAGCAUCUGCGCCAUCAACACCGCGAGCUCUUGCGCCCCAAAUCUUACAAGAGGACGAGCCAAACGCCGACGCUCUUCUUACUGUGGCUAUCGAGAACUUGAACGUGGAUCUUUCAGGCUCAUCGACCUCAGUUAAGACCUCAGUAGAUGUAGGUAAGUUCAAGCUCGGAUAUGGAAACGACGAUAUCAUCUCCUUCGAUCAACGCAUACAAAUGCGGGCCUCCGUGAAUGAUGCAUUUCCUCCCGCUGGUGCCGAUAUAUCCGUUAAACUUAGUCAAUCGCCUACAGCGACAAAAUGCGAGGUCACUACCCUGCCACUUCAUGUCAAAAUAGACCUUCAGCGACUAGAUGAGACGUUUAGUUGGUUCGGAGGCUUGAGUGGUUUCUUGAAUAUGAGUUCAUCGAUGACUUCAAGUUCCCCUCCUACUCCUCGGAUUCCUGUAAAGCCACCACCAAAAGCUCGCGGGGUAAGAUUUGAUGCGCCUAUACGUCCAGACGACAUAUCCGCAAGCUCCGAGAAUAAAAUGAACAUGAGACUAGGCGGUUUCCGUUUAGAUAUCGUCGGAAAGGAGUGUAGCGUAGCCCUAGACACGAGCGCUAUAAAGCUGGUUAGUCGAGAAGAAGGAAUCGGUAUUGGUAUCUCCAAGAUACACCUUGCAGGCCCAUACAUGAGACGUUCCAUGGGCGACCCUCCUAUCAAUGCCGUGGUUACGAAUACUCGCCUCGAGUAUCUCAUGACACCAAAAGACAAUGACCUAGAAAGACUCUUAGAGCUCAUCAUACCGUCCAAGUAUAAAUUCGACCAAAACGACGAUGAAAUCAUGGUAGACACUCUACUUCGACAGAGGAGGAAAGGCGCUGUAUUACGCGUCAAUGUAGAUGACAUUGAAGUUAAUGUCAGCAAGCUCCAGCAACUUGAAGUAUUACCUACACUAGGUGAAGAGAUUGCGCGACUCUCUACUGUCGCUAAGUACUUACCCGAAGAUGACCGGCCAGGUAUACUCACUCUAGCUCUUGUCCGUAACCUAGAUGUGACAGUGGAUAUUGAUAGGAAAUUCGGCUCCAUACAAGCUUCUCUAAAGGACGCGGAAAUGGGCCAUAUUACUAUUCCCUCUUUGAUCGCUCUUGGGGUAGGCUCUAUUUCAAUUAUCCGGAACCACACGGAGGAAUUAGUCGGCACAACCGCAUCCUCUUUCGACAAAGUAGGUCACGGACCUAUCUUAACCAUGAGGGUGAUUGGGGAUGAGAUGGAGCCCGUUGUCAAGAUCAGAAUGCGGAAUAUCAAUAUCGAGUAUCGUGUACCAACCAUUAUGGAUAUCCUCGGCCUUGCUGAAGAUACCACCCCCAGGAUUUUGAGGCAAGUCUAG